CCAGCGGGUGCGGAAACCCCUGGCUGGGCAGCAGGGUAGCUCACAGCAGGCUCUGGGUACUGAACAGGUUGGUGGACGGGCGACUGGGCCACUGGUGACUGGACAGGAGGCGACUGGGCCACUGGUGACUGGACAGGAGGCGACUGGGCCACUGGUGACUGGACAGGAGGCGACUGGGCCACGGGUGACUGGACAGGAGGCGACUGGAGAGCAGGUGAGUGAACUGACGGGGCUGGAAGCUGAACAGCAGGUGAGGCUGACGACGGAGCUGAGGUUGGUGUGGCUAAUGGCUGGGCUACAGACUGAGCUAAUGAGGGAGAUAAAGCUACAGCCUGAGCUAGUAAGGCCGGUGCCUGAGCAGGGGACACUUCAGCCAGCCUAACCAGGGAUAAAGCUAGUGCGUGAAAGGCUGGGUCAGGAGGUGGAUGAAGUGGUGGACUGAUUAGCUCUUCCGUGCCUCCAGAGCGUGAGGGCACUGGCUGGAGAGCCUCAGCUGAGUCUCUAGGGGGGUCAGACUGGAUCCUGGCCGUCCUCAGCCUAGGUGCUGGGACAGGCACGGGAGGUGGCUGGACACCAGUCACCCCCACUCGAGAAACCGAAGCGGGUGUGGCGGUAGACUGGGUCGCAGCUGCCCUCCUCCUGGGAGCUGGCACUGGUGUGGGGGUAGACUGACUGACGGGAGUGGAGAUAAUGACUGGGUGUGUGAUGUUAGCAGGUUUAUUGGGGAUUGUUCUGGUUUUCCUGCCACCACUAUUUACAGUCUUUGGGAGAGCAGAGCAGAACAAAUCUUCCCAGUCCACAGAAUCUUCCAGGAGGGAAACAUCCCACGAAUCAGAGAUGGGGUUAUUGUGCGUUUUGAGUGAAUAAUCAGAUGGUGAGUGCGAAAAACAGUCACUGGAGCUCACCAUCGGGAGUGGCUGAAAGUGGUCCGUUUUAUGGCGGCGUGUGCGCCGAUUUCUCCGGGAGGAGGAAGCGGGCGGGGUACACGUCCGAGCCUCUGGCACGGGAGCCUCUGUUGAGCCGAGGUGGAAGACGGAGCCGCUGUGCCGUGGCGAGGUUGAAGGUCCGGUGAAUGAGGCAGGUGAUGUGUGAGCGUGGAGCGGAGUGGCGAGAGAGGGAGCGGCCGAAGCGCGGCGUGAAACGUCCACUCUCCGCGGCAGAUGCUCCGGUGCAGUGCUGAUGAGAGGUUUGAUGCCACGUUCCAUACAAAUGUGCUGGUCAAUGCUUCAGGAGCUUGUCAGUACAUUCCACCAGGUAUCUUGAAGAGUACCUGCUACAUCGACGUUCGGUGGUUCCCGUUUGAUAUUCAGAAGUGUGACCUGAAAUUUGGUUCCUGGACCCACAAUGGUUGGUUGCUGGAUCUCCAGAUGAUGGAAGUCGAUGUCUCUACAUAUAUACCCAAUGGGGAGUGGGACCUUGUUGGUGUACCAGCAAAGCGUAAUGAGCUGUAUUAUGACUGCUGCAAGGAGCCCUACCCCGAUGUGACGUUCACAGUCACUAUGCGCCGCAGGACUCUUUAUUAUGGCUUAAACCUGCUCAUCCCCUGUGUGCUCAUCUCUGGUCUGGCACUGUUGGUCUUUCUGCUCCCUGCUGACUCUGGAGAAAAGAUCUCACUGGGCAUAACGGUACUGCUGUCUCUGACAGUGUUCAUGUUACUGGUAGCAGAGAUCAUGCCUGCCACUUCAGACUCAGUUCCUCUAAUUGCUCAGUAUUUUGCUAGCACCAUGAUGAUUGUGGGAUUGUCGGUGGUGGUAACUGUUCUGGUUCUGCAAUUCCACCACCAUGACCCCCACGGAGGAAAAAUGCCUAAAUGGGUCCGAGUCUUUCUUCUCAACUGGUGCGCUUGGUUCCUCCGUAUGAAGAAGCCUGGAGAGGAAAGCAAAACUCCAGUGAGCUCAAGCAGUCCUCCAACUUAUAAGUACUCCCAUUCUCCUGCUCACCACACUAGCACCACCAGCAUUCAGAUGAGCACCAUACCAGGGCAGCCAUCCACUCAGGCAACAACAACCAAUGGAAACAUGAACCUAUACUUUAGCUACCACUCAAUGGGCACAGACAACCCUGUGUUUCCACCUAGUGUUGAUUCAGGUGUGAUUGUGUGCGGUGGUGGAAAUGGAGGUGGAGGGAAUCAUCAUAACGGUACCUCCCAGCUUGACAUCCACUCAGACCAGACACGGACUUUGCUUUUGGAGCAGAUUCCCGAAAUUUGCCGGAUUUUGGAAGAAGUGCAGUACAUUGCGAAUCGCUUCAGAGAGCAGGACGAGGGGGAGGCAAUCUGCAGCGAGUGGAAAUUUGCAGCUGCAGUCGUGGACCGGUUAUGCCUGGUGGCCUUCUCGCUGUUCUCCAUCAUCUGCACCUUCACUAUUCUCAUGUCAGCUCCCAAUUUCAUUGAAGCCGUGUCAAAAGACUUUACGUAAGGCUGCUCUCUAUCAUCACUGACAGAUAAAAACUAACAGUAGAAAUUCUGACACAAUUAGACCUGCACCACACAAGCCUCUCUUGUACUUUUAUGUGAAGACACACAAGCUCAAGUUAAUUUAGAAUUGAUAUCACCAUAGAUCAGUACCCAGCCUUUACCCCUCUCAUUACACGUUUGUUGGUAUAUAGCUGGGGUAAUGUGUUUUUUCCCUGUGAAGGUUCCUCUUUAGCUUACAACAUACAUACAGGUACAUAGGAAGUUGAAGCAACAUGUAGUAGUUAAUGAUGUAGAAAGUCAGACUGAUGCACUUUUCUUCUGUAUCCCUGCUGCACCACAUCAUUUACUUGCCACCAUUUGAGCGUCACGUCUCAUCAGAAUUCACUCUUUCCCUUACAGCUUUUCUUUUCUCUUAAUUUUAGAAUUUACACAUCCUGUCUUCACUCCGUUUUCUAGAGAUGUCUUACCUAAACAACUUCAGCAGUUACAUAUAUAGUACAGGGUUUUACAGGUGUAUUCUUGUAAUGCAUUUGUUCUUUGUAUUUUAUAAAUAAAUCCACAUUUUACAGUGCAAUCUGGUUAAGCUGAAAUUGAUUUUUUAAUGAGUUAGCAAAUUCACUGAGAUCUACUGAAAUUAUACAUUUCACUAAUCUGAGGUGUGAAACUACUGAGUAUUUUCAUUUUAGAUAAAUAUACCAUUUUCCCUCGCUAACUGAAAUUUGAUUUAAAAUUUCAAUUCAACUCAAUUUUAUUUAUAUAGUUGUCCCCUCAAGGUGAAAAUGCCCAUUAUAAUUUCCCACAGCCUGACUUACAACUGUAUCUGAUUCAUUACAACAAAGAAAGCCAAAUAAUUUCUUUAUACCUUCAUUAUUACUCUUCCUUUUACAAAUGGAGCUAUUAGUCUAAUAUAUAUUACAGUUUUUCUCGAUUGCUUAAACACUUUUCUUGAAACUAUGCCUCGUAUUCUCAAAACAGUAAACACAAAUCCAUAACGUCUCACUCAAUUUCCCGAAAAUUGUAUUUUCAGGUCAAAAUGAAGCUCUACACUCAAAACCAUUCACUUGCU